UGAGGUGAGGGUUUCUAUGUUCAAUUUCAUUCACUCCUUCACAUAGAUGGGACAGCGUAUGCCAGUAAGGUAUAGUAACAGGUACUAGGUCUCUACUAUCAGAACUAAGCAAAGACCCGGGGGGUUCUGUUUACAGCCAGGAGCAUCCUUUUGUCAACAACCCCAUCCAUUCACUCCAUCAAAGCAUGGAUCAUCUAGGCAUCAAUACGAUCCCACUGCAUUGCAUGUUGGUCCUCAUGAUCGGAUUGUUACACAUCGUAGGUACAACUAGCCUAUAUCCUCUGGAGAUGAACCCUUCUAGAUUGGUGGUGAGGUAUGGAGACCCAGUUUCAGUCAACUGCAGUACAUCGGUUGCAGACCUUGAAGGCAUGGGCUGGGAAGCAUCUGAUGGAGGCACACGCCUGGUUGUCAACGUCACAUGGCUCAUGUGGACAGUAGAGCGCUUGGAAGACUGGAAUGGAAGUCCUAAGUGCUACAUCAAUCUCAAGAAUGGAGAUCAGCCUGUGGAGACACUUGGGGUCACUCUAUACCAACUUCCAGACGUUGUGUCCAUCUCUCCUCUGAACCACACUGGACCAGUGGUGGAAGGGACAGAGUACCAGCUGCAGUGUGACAUCCUCAAUGUUGCUCCUGUCCAGAACCUCACUGUGACCUGGUACAAAGGAAAUGAAACCAUAAAGACAGACUCUUAUAGUGACCAGAGUAAGACACCAGUGAAUGAGUCAUCUAUCCUCACCAUCACCCCAAGUAGAGAAGAUGACGGCGCACUGUACAGAUGUGAGGCUCAACUCAACCUGGGACCAGAGGGACCACAUCCUUCUGCUAUUGAUUCCGAUUUUAGCCUAACCGUGCUCUAUAAGCCAGUGAUCCUCAAGUGUCCAUGCAGUUUUGCUGGUGAGGAGCACACAUUCAGCCUGGACAUGAAUAUCUGUGCAGCUGAUGGGAAUCCUCGUCCCCAUGUUCAGUGGUACCUGCAGGGGAGACUGCUAAACAGCUCUGAGCUCCUGACCAGGAGGAACUCAGGGGAAUAUGUCUUUACAGCCACCAAUGACCAUGGCAAUGGCAACUCUACCGUCAAAAUCACAGUGGAAUAUGCCCCUGAGUUGAUCUGCCCUGUUCACUAUGAAGGUGAAGAGGGUAAAAAUCACAACCUCACUUGUUCAGCUGGAGGGAUGCCGGCACCUACGAUUAUCUGGAGCAAAGAUGGGAAAGAAAUACAUAUACCUGUGCGUCUGACCAGGAAAGAUAGCGGGGAGUACAACGUCUCAGCAGUGAACAAACAUGGAACUUCUUAUCGUAAAAUGGAUUUCAACAUCUUGUAUGCCCCUGAGUUCCUGUCAGGAGAGGACACGCUGGAGUUGUCUGAGGGUGGUGAUGAGUCUCUGGUCUGCAGCGCUGAGGGAAACCCUCCUCCUAAGAUGGAGUGGACCUACGAUGACGCUGCAGGAAAUGUACAUGUGACCACUGAGGGGCGCCAGAGCACUGUCAGAAUCACAGGAGCCACGUUGACCAACACGGGAAGCUACAUCUGCAAUGCCACGAAUAGAGUUGGGACAGUGACCAGAAUGAUCACAGUGAUGAUGAAAGUACCCCCCAGUGACACGUGGUAUUACAUUGUGAUCAUCUCACUCAUUAUCAUCCCCUUGAUCAUCAUAAUCAUCAUAAUCUUGUGCCUGAAACACCAUACUAAAAAACAAGGACGAUUCACCCCCAUCCCUCAAGACUCUUGUCAAGCGACUGGACAGCACACACAAUCAACUGAUUUGCCUUUAAACACACUGUCUCAGAAAGCCAAUGGUUCCCACUGAGUGGGCUCUAUAAGGCAAUCAAUCAAGACUGAGCAACUGGACAGAUGCUUUGCUAUAUGUCAGGCUGUUACUCAUAUCUCUUUUGGAUUGUGUAAUUUCUGUGUUAUAAUUUUGCUUUUAAUGCCUCCAAUUCUAGACUAAGAUUAGUGUUUUUAAUGACCCUUACAGGAUUAUUAAUAAUUGUUAGAAAUGCAAUGGUGUGUUUAAAAUACUGUGUUAGACGCUUGAUAGGUGCUCGAGCUUGAUAUACAGUAGCUAUUUAAAUUAAAUGUGUUCAUCAGCGUUUUUUAUGUUCUUGUUUUUGUAACACAUUUUAGUGCCAAUCCACGGUUUAUCUGACACUGAGGUGUUUUAUCUUUGUCUCAACUAGUGCACAGUGCCCAUGAUGCAGUCGGUGAUUAAGAUGUCAGUGAGACACACAAAACACAAAUUCCUGAAACUAUAGAUAAUGCACAGUGCCCGUGAUGAAGUAGGUGACACAUACACACACAGAACAAAUUGCCAAUGCUCUGGUGCAGUUGUGCACAUUUUAUGUAGCCUACAGAUGUCUGCUGUUUCCUACAUUAUCAAUUGCUUGUGUUAUGUUAAUCAAAAUGUAUCAUAUUGGAUCUAUGAUCAGUUGUCUUACCCCCAUAAACAUCGAUACAUUUAGUUCAUCACAUACGUCCUUACAUGCACAAUUAUUGAGACAGUUGUCAUAAUUGUAGUCCUAACUCAUCAUAUAUGUAAAGUUCUGCCGAAGGGAUGAUUGCUAUGUUUACAUUAACAUUUAAGUUUUUUUUCCUUUGUGCAAUGCAGUGCUCUUUAGUAUUGUAUUUUCUAUAUCGCUUUCACAUAAAGACAGGAGACAAGGAGGUUAAUUCGUGAGAACAUUGUUCCUGUUGCUUGCGGCUCACUAUAUCUUUGACUCAAUAAACCAACCAAGGAAGCUAAAGUGGUAUGAAUAGUGUUCUUGUUUCAAACCCGUUGCAGC